AUGGACAGUCCUUUUUCGCUCGCAAAGGGCAGAGGCAGAAGAUUCCCUGAAGUACUGAAGCAGGUUUUCAAAAAGCCCUCGAUCAGAAAGACAGUGCCAAAGGCUCCGAAGACCAUAGAGCCUGUUGAGCAUGAACUAUCAGAAAGUGAACAGGAAUCCGAAUCCGAAGAGUCAGACACAGAUGAAUUCCCAGAAGACCCCGUUGUAAGGGCAAAACCACUCAAGAAAGACCUCGAACUCAAGAUCAAAGAGUUUGGAAAGAGGAUGAAUGUUGGCCGCAGACUCUACGCAAAAUUGCGAGGCCGACUUGAAGAAAAGACCGAGCAGGCCAACAGAUACAAGACAGAGCUUGACGAAGUGAAUCUUGCCUGGGAAUGGGACAAGACGCGCAUCCAGAAUCUCGAGGAGCAGACGGAGAAAUACCAAACCGCACAAGUCGCAAAAGACGAAGAAAUCAUCAUGCUGGAACAACAACUGGAAGAUACCAAGGCUCACUUUCAGCAAAAAGUUGACGCAAAGGACGAGGAGAUCUCCGACAUGAAACAGAAUAUGGACGAGCAGCGAGAAGCCGAUAAUCAGAAGUUCUUGGAGUUGCAAGAGAGCGUUUCCGACCCCAUGAAAGAUCUUCCGUUCGCCAACAGACUCAGCCAACAGUAUGGAGACGAGAUGUUCCGACCGGCCAUUGGAGCCAUGUAUGCAGGUAUCAAGAAUACCUUCAUGAACAUCACAAACAAGGAAGAAUUUGUCAUCAAGUCCACAAAGCCUAAAGACCUCGAAGAAUACCUCGCCAAGUACGUUCCCGGAAGCAUGGACAACACCAAAGACGACAAGCGCCAUGUCUGCAUCGCUGUGGUCUCUCGAGUCUUGGUUGAAUUUGUCGAAAAAGAGAAUGUAUUCGGCUGGCCUGUCGAUGAAACAACGCAAGCAGCAACGGAGCUAUGGCGUCGUUUCUCAAAAUCGAGAGACCGACUGCCAGGAGGAUUGGUGAAACGAUGGCUGACUACCACUAAAGACAUUCUCCUUCAAGGGGACUACAUCAGCAAACAGAAGGCCAAAGAUGAAUCUCUCGACUGGAUCAUGGGCAGAAUCAAGAAGGAUUUGGCCGACACGACGACCUUGAACUUCGGCGAAGACCUGUACAGGUGGCUGAGAGGAGCUAUCUUGCCUUGCCUGGAGACCAUCAACUUCAUGUACUUGCAAGAAUGGCAGUACAACUUGAGCAUGGUGCCAGUUUUCCAUGAAGGCGAGCCGACAGCCUUGAAUCCAGCCACGAUGAAUGAUUGGAUUCGCCAGCCGAGCGGAUUCAUCAAAGCAUCCAUCUUUCCACUGGUGGGAAGAACAGACGAAGGAAAUGGUCCGGCAAGAACUGAAGGAUACGGCGUUGUUUUCCCUGCGCAGGUAGUUGUUGCGUCACGAUCGGAGUGUCUAGAAAAGAAGAUGACGGACGACAAGUCGAAGAAGACCCAAGUGCAAGAGGAUGAGACGCAGGCCAACAAAACACAGGCCAACAGGAUGAAGGACAGAUCGAAUGACAGCGACAAGUCGACCAUCCCGGAGGUCGCCACAGCAAAAGAUACUGAAGAACUCUUUAGAAAAACUACGAGAACCAACGGAUACAUGGAAGAUAUCAAGCAGAGACCCGCAAAGAGAUCUAAGGAAGACAUGGAAGACUUUGAGUCGAGACCCACGAAGAGGUUCAGAGAAGAGCAGGAGGACAAUGAGCAGAGACCAGCAAAGAAGUCCAGGGAAGAGCAGAAAGGCGUCGAGCAUGGACCCGCAAAGAGAUCCAGAGAAGAGCAGGAAAGCGUUGAGCAGAGACCUGCGAAGAGACUUAAGCAGCGAGAGGAAGAGACAGUAGUCAUCCUGGAUUCGGAUGACGAGGAUGAGCUUGCAUGAGAUAUC